CCAUCGCGACGACUCCGCGGCCGGUGCGCCGCGGGCGCCCGCCGUGCACGUCACCCACGUGCCGAGCGUGCUGGGCUCUCAGCUGGCCCCCACGGACGUGAGGGCGCUGCUGGCUGAGGCCGAGAGGGGAUCGGCGGCCGGAUCGGCCCCGAGCACCAUCUUGCACAUCCUCGUCUUCAAG